GUUAUUUCAGUCUGGUAUCAUGUAGCAGAGCAUGGGUUUCAAGAUGGAUGCGCACAUGAUUGUCAACAAGAAACGUGCGUCUACUGAAAAUCGUAAACUUGACAAAAACGGAAAAGAUAAGAUAUCACGUGAUAAUGACAAGCGAUUUACGGAGCGUACUAGCACAUGGAAAAAGGAAGACGCAGAAAUUGAAAAGCUCACUGCACAGUACCCACAGAUAGAUCCAAAGAAAAUCGAAAAAUUCACGGAUCUGCCAUUGUCAUGGAAAACACAGAAAGGACUCAUGGAAUCCAACUAUGUAAAUCCUACAGAGAUCCAAAGGGCAUCGAUUGGUCUGGCUUUGCAAGGACAUGACAUUUUAGGUGCUGCCAAAACAGGCAGUGGGAAGACGAUAGCUUUCUUGGUGCCGAUCUUAGAAAAUCUUUACAAACAGAAAUGGUCUUCCUUAUGGGGAAUUGGCGCUCUGAUUAUCACACCAACCCGAGAACUGGCAUACCAGAUAUUUGAAGUUUUGCGUAAGGUUGGGAGUAAGCAUGAUUUCUCUGCUGGAUUAGUCAUAGGUGGCAAAGACCUAAAGUUUGAGAUGAAAAGGAUUCAGAGGUGCAACAUUAUGAUUUGUACACCUGGAAGAUUGUUACAGCACAUGGAUGAAAAUCACCUGUUUGAUUGCAGUUCUUUACAGAUGCUCGUACUGGAUGAGGCCGACAGAAUCCUCGACCUCGGCUUCCAGCAGACGAUGAACGCGAUCGUCGCGAACCUGCCCGCCGAGCGGCAGACGCUGCUCUACAGCGCGACGCAGACCAAGUCGGUGGCGGCGCUCGCGCGGCUCAGCCUCGCGCGGCCCAUCUACGUGUCGGCGCACGAGCACGCCGCGUACAGCACGCCGGCGACGCUCGCACAGAGCUACGUCGUCUGCACGCUGCGCGACAAGUUCAACCUGCUCUACUCGUUCGUGCGGUCGCACCUGAAGCGCAAGUCGUUAGUCUUCAUGACAAGCUGCAAGCAGGUGAAGUACAUGUACGAGACGUUCUGUCGGCUGCGGCCGGGCGUGUCCGUGCUGGCGCUGUACGGCACGCUGCACCAGCUGCGACGUAUGGCCGUCUACGACGAGUUCUGCCGCAAGCAGCACGCCGUGCUGUUCGCGACCGACGUCGCUGCACGCGGCCUCGACUUCCCCGCUGUCGACUGGGUCGUGCAGCUCGACUGCCCCGAGGACGCGAACACAUACAUACACCGGGCUGGCCGGACCGCGAGGUUUGAAAAGGAUGGCGAGUCGCUCUUGGUUCUCAUGCCGUCCGAGGAGGAAACCAUGAUCGAGCAGCUGCGACAGAAGAAGAUACCCAUCAACAAAAUCAAAGUGAACCCAAAGAGGCAGCUCGACCUGCAGAAGAAAUUGGAGAGCCUGUGCGCGCAGGACGUCGAUCUGAAGGAGAGUGCAAAGCGCUGCUUCGUCUCCUACCUCAAGUCCGUCUUCCUGAUGAAGGACAAGGCAGUGUUCGUCGUCGGCGCGCUCGACACGGACGCGUACGCAAACUCGCUCGGCCUCGCCGUCACGCCGCGCAUACGCUUCCUGCGCAAGUACGAGAAGCAGCAGCAGCAGCAGCAGCAGCAGCAGAGAGUCGGCGGCGGCGCGGCGGCGUUCGCUUCCGAGGAGAGCGAUUCCAGCAGUGGCGGGGAAUCUAAUCGCCUAGGAAAGCCGAAGCCAGGAGCAGCGGCGGCGGCGAGCCGAUUCCGGAAGCCGGCGUCGCUCGCCGCCGCGGACUCCGACAGCGACGGCGACGAACUGCUUACGGUGAAGAGCUGGCUCGACGUGUCGCGCGGCGGCGGGGAGGAAGAGGAGGAGGAGGGCGCGCGACACAGGAGAGAGCGCAUCGUGACGAAGGCCGCGUUCGCGCGAAAGGUGCAGAAGAAGAAGAUCCACGUCAACUCGAAGAUCACGUUCGACGACGACGGCGUCGCACGCGACACGCUCCAGAAGCCGGUCGCCGCUGCUGUUGACAUUGCUGCCGACGAUGACGAGGGCGGAAUCGACAUCGAGGUUGCGAGGCAGCGGAUGCAGGAGGAAGACCGCAUCGACCGGCAGACGUUCCGGCAGAAAGUCAAGGAGAAGCACCGGGAGAAGCGCAUGAAGGAGCGGGCCGGACGCGACAGGAAGAAUCGGGACGACGGCGGCGCGGCGGCCAUGUUGGACGUGAGCGGGUCGGACGACGACGGCCCGGACUUAUCCUGGCUUCCCGAUCCCGACAGGGUACGAGCAAGGAGAAACGACGAUUCCUCGGAGUCGGAGGAGGAAGCCAGCGAGGCGGGCGAGCAGGCGCGACGCGCGCGUAAACGGCGGAAGAAGAGCGAGUCGGAGAGUGGCAGCGAGGAAGAGCGGGAGGUCAUGGAUACGGGACUUCCGCUGGAAAUGGAUGAGGAGCUAGCGUUGAGGCUUCUCGGAGACUGAUGGACAAUAGCCUCGAGGUAGCAGAGGCGUGCUGGUCGAGCGCGCAGCUGAUGCCUGCUGAUUUCGCUCUCUGCUUCGACCUAUUUGUCAUAUUUCUCGUCAGCUAUAUACAUGGUUCGCACAGUCCUUGAAAAGUCUUUGAAUUUGAGGGGAGUCCUUGGAAAGUACUUGAAUUUAGUA